CAUAAAACUCAGAAGUCUGUUUAGAUCUGAUCCACGCUUACAGCUGCAGCAUGCCGUGUGCAGAAUAUUACUGAAGUUUCUCGGCAUGAUGCGAUUGCACUUGUGCAACUUAUAGAGGUCAAAGUUUUAUUGCAGCGUUUUAUUGAUCAGGUAUUCGGUGUUUUAUUUGGCACACAGUCAACAGUGUAACAGUUAGUGCACGCUGCUUGAACCAGCAGCUAGAGUAAUAUUGAAGAUGGGAACCGCACUGAUUUACGAUGAAGAGAUGACCAAAUACAAACUGCUCUGGGUUGACCCAGCAUGUAAGAUUGAGGUACCUGAGCGUCUGACUGUGAGUUAUGAAGCGUUGGUGAAGAACGGCCUGGCUGAUCGCUGCGUCUCUGUGCCUGUUCGUGAAGCAACAGAUGCAGACAUUCUGCAGGUUCACAGUGAGGAGUACUUGGAGGCAGUAAAGAAGACCCCAUACAUGACCCUGGAGGACUUGAAGGAGUUCACCCUGCAGUAUGGGGAUGUCUACUUCCACCCAAACAUCUAUCACUGUGCCAAACUGGCUGCAGGUGCUGCACUGCAGCUUGUGGACAGUGUGAUGAUGGGGAAGGUGAAGAAUGGCAUGGCUCUGGUCAGACCACCAGGACACCACAGUAUGCGCAGUGCUGCCAACGGAUUCUGUGUGUUCAAUAAUGUGGCCAUAGCAACUCGAUACGCCAAGCAAAAAUAUGGGCUUAAAAGGGUUUUGAUAGUCGACUGGGAUAUACACCAUGGUCAAGGAGUGCAGUACGGUUUUGAAGAUGAUCCAAGUGUGCUGUACUUCUCAUGGCACCGUUAUGAGCAUCAGAAAUUCUGGCCUCAACUGAGAGAAUCAGACUACGACAGUGUCGGCAAAGACAAAGGAGCAGGGUUCAACGUUAACGUACCCUGGAACAAGGUGGGAAUGAAAAACAGCGACUACCUCUCAGUCUUCUUCCACGUCCUUCUGCCAGUCGCUUACGAGUUUUGUCCAGACUUGGUCAUGGUGUGUGCAGGCUUCGACUCCGCCAUCGGUGACCCAGAGGGUGAAAUGUGUGCCACCCCAGACAUCUUUGCCCACCUCACCCACCUGCUGAUGAACCUGUCCGGAGGGAAACUGUGUGCUGUUCUGGAGGGAGGAUACAACUUGACCUCCCUCCCCCAGUCUGUGUGUCAAACAGUUCAAACUUUACUGGGAGAUCCUGCACCCCGACCUACAAACCUGGAUGGUCCCUGUGAAAGCGCACUUGAGUCCCUUCACUGCACCCGAUCAGCUCACAGGCAGUACUGGUCCUGCCUCAAACAUGCAGCUGAACUUCCUGCCUCUGAAAUCAGCACAAAGCGAAUAAAAUUAGCAAAAGAAGAAAAAGAAGAGGAGAAAAAGACAGAGACUGUACAAGAAGAGAAAAGUGUUGAAGAAAAGGUCUGGCCAGAGCCUCCAAAGCGUGCCUCUCCCCUGAACCGCACUGCUGUAGUCCUCCCUGAUGAUGUUACCUGCCCGGACAGAUGUACACGCUUUAGCUCAUCUGAGAAUCCUGACCCGGUGACAGUCAACAAACUCAGGGAGAACCUCCUCAAAGCUGCAGGUGACAGCAGUGCUCUCACAACCCUCUGCAGUCUCACUGCCCUCGUAGAGAAGAUGGAGCAGAGCGAGAUCUGCAACGGCUUGGCCCUGGUCCCUGAUGUUUCUACGGCAAUGGUGUGUCUUGUCCAGCAUGCUGUAACUGCCUCCAACAGACGAGUUCUGGUUGUGUGUGUUGGAGGUGCAUUGGACCAAAGUCUCUUCAAGGAUGAUGGGAAAACUCUCCUGGUGCAGUUCAGCAACAAGGAGUCCGAGGAAACAAAGAGCAAAUAUAACAUAAGUGUGUGUCUGAAGAAGGGCUGCGGUGACGUGUCAGGGUUUAUAUGUGCUGUUCUGAGCCUCCUUCUACCUCUGGGAUAUGAGUACGACCCCAGUCUGGUUCUGCUGGUCCGGAUGGCAGAUAGUGGUUUGUGUGACAGUGCGUGGCAGCAACUAACAGGCCUACUGCAGGGCCUGGCACAGGGGCGGACACUGGUGCUCAUGCAGGAAUCUGAGAAGGCUUGUGUCGGCAUCACAGCCUCCUCUCUCCUCGGGGACGCUGCCCCCUCUCUGGGGCAGCUUUGUGCUCCUCUACCUGAGGAUGUGGAGGCAAUGGAGAGGCUGAGACAAAGACUGCAGGUGGACUGGAAGCUGCUGCAGACUACAGCACCAGAAACUGGACGAGGGGAUGAAGACUGAGAUGAUCCUGCUCCUUUGUGCAGAAAAAUCAAUCUGGAUAAAUAUGUGUAUAUUUUGACAGAUUUCAUUGUCCUAACUGACCAUUAGUUAAACAGAAUGUGCCCUCAAAUAAUUUUUGUACCUUUGUAUUAAACUUUACAACUAUUGUGUUAAUAAGUACCAAUCAAUUUUUGUGUCAGUCAA